AGAGGACUUUGUGGUACGGUGGCCGCGCAGGCCAGUGGGAUUCCGGCUUCGCGUUCUGGGCUGCCGUCAGCGUGCGCCCUUGCCCCGCCCUGGUAAGUGUGAAUCCUGCCGGCCAGGCCUGCGCAGUUGCGGCGGCCGGGGAAGAUGGUGGAGGACGGCGCGGAGGAGCUGGAGGACUUAGUGCAUUUCUCCGUGUCGGAGUUGCCUAGUCGCGGCUACGGCGUCAUGGAGGAGAUCCGGCGGCAGGGCAAGCUAUGCGACGUGACGCUAAAGAUCGGGGACCACAAAUUCAGCGCUCACCGGAUCGUCUUAGCGGCCUCCAUCCCAUACUUCCACGCCAUGUUUACGAAUGACAUGAUGGAGUGCAAGCAGGAUGAGAUUGUAAUGCAGGGAAUGGACCCAAGCGCCCUGGAGGCUCUCAUCAACUUCGCUUAUAAUGGCAACCUUGCUAUCGACCAGCAAAAUGUACAGUCCCUGCUGAUGGGGGCAAGCUUCCUGCAACUGCAGAGCAUCAAAGAUGCUUGCUGCACCUUCCUCCGAGAACGGCUUCACCCCAAAAAUUGCCUGGGUGUGCGCCAGUUUGCCGAGACGAUGAUGUGUGCUGUGCUGUAUGAUGCAGCCAACAGCUUCAUCCACCAGCACUUUGUAGAGGUGUCUCUGUCCGAAGAGUUCCUGGCCCUGCCCUUGGAAGACGUGCUUGAGCUGGUGUCUCGGGAUGAGCUGAAUGUGAAGUCAGAGGAGCAGGUGUUUGAAGCUGCAUUGGCCUGGGUCAGAUAUGACCGGGAGCAGAGGGGACCAUGCCUGCCCGAGCUGCUGUCCAACAUCCGCCUGCCUCUUUGCCGGCCCCAGUUCUUAUCAGACCGAGUGCAGCAAGAUGACCUGGUACGGUGCUGUCACAAAUGCAGGGACCUGGUAGAUGAAGCAAAGGACUACCACCUGAUGCCAGAGCGCCGGCCCCACCUGCCAGCUUUCAGAACUCGGCCUCGAUGCUGCACAUCCAUCGCUGGGCUCAUUUACGCCGUGGGGGGCCUCAACUCAGCAGCAAAUUUUUAUGCAGGUGAUUCCCUGAAUGUGGUGGAAGUAUUUGACCCUAUCGCCAAUCGCUGGGAAAAGUGCCAUCCCAUGACAACUGCCCGAAGCCGUGUGGGCGUGGCUGUGGUGAACGGGCUCCUCUAUGCUAUCGGGGGAUAUGAUGGUCAGUUGCGGCUGAGCACCGUGGAGGCCUACAAUCCCGAGACGGACACAUGGACCCGAGUCGGGAGCAUGAAUAGCAAGCGAAGUGCCAUGGGGACAGUCGUGCUGGAUGGACAGAUCUACGUGUGUGGAGGCUAUGACGGCAACUCCUCCCUCAACUCUGUGGAGACCUAUUCACCUGAGACGGACAAGUGGACAGUGGUGACUCCGAUGAGCUCAAACCGGAGUGCUGCUGGGGUUACAGUCUUCGAGGGCAGGAUAUAUGUGUCAGGAGGCCACGAUGGCUUGCAGAUCUUCAGCAGUGUGGAACACUACAACCACCACACGGCCACCUGGCACCCAGCAGCCAGCAUGCUCAACAAACGCUGCCGACAUGGUGCCGCUUCCCUGGGAAGCAAGAUGUUUGUUUGUGGGGGCUAUGAUGGCUCUGGCUUCCUCAGUAUUGCCGAGAUGUACAGCUCUGUGGCAGACCAGUGGUGUCUCAUAGUACCCAUGCACACACGCCGGAGUCGGGUCUCCCUCGUGGCCAGCUGUGGGCGCCUCUAUGCAGUGGGAGGUUAUGAUGGACAGUCAAACCUGAGCUCAGUGGAGAUGUACGACCCCGAAAUGGACCGCUGGACAUUUAUGGCCCCCAUGGCAUGCCAUGAAGGGGGAGUUGGUGUGGGCUGCAUCCCUCUUCUCACCAUCUGAGGAGAGGAUGGGACGUGGUGGGCUAGGGAUCUGGUACAAGCAUAGGCGCUUCCUCCCAGGGGAGAGUCCUCUCAGAAGAGGCAGUGGUGGACCAGAAGGCGGGGUGUGAUGUGAGCUCGCCAGAGGGCCGGCUUUUCCAGGUGCUUAAGUCCUCUCUCACUGUGCUGCCCUUAUGACCUUAGGUUGUCAAGAUCCACAGCACAGGGCAAGAGUCCCUCUGGGUCCCACAGCCAGUAACACGGAAGUGCUCUGCUGGUCCGUGUACACAGGCUCCAUCCAAGCCCAGCGAGCACCUGCUGCAGUGCUGGCCCGGCUCCCACUUGCCACAGAGCUGGGAGUACUCAUGGGCAGGAGGUCUUCCACCGAUGCCUCUCCUUUCCUGCUCGUCUGCAGCCCUGCUGUGACCGUUUGCGAAGUGUGGGGUAAAGCUGGGAGAGAAGCGAGACACCCUGGUGUGGUCGCUGCCUGUGGUGGUGCAGCUGCAGCAGGGUGCUGCGUGUGCACGGGCUCUCCCUUCCUCCGUGGGCACAGAGGACUUGGUCCCUGUCUCCAGCAAACAGGGAGAACAGAAGUCUUCCCCAUGCCUGGUAUUUUGGGAAUCCAGUGAGUUCUUUCUCCACUUGUCGCGGAGAAACAGAAGUGGAGAGAUGCUCGAGAGAAACUGGAGGAAAUGGAAACAAGAAAAUGUUGGAGAGAAACUGGAAGGAAAACACUUGAAGUGAACUUUUUUCACAGGAAGAAAAUAUAAAAGACACUAAAAGCAAAUACAUAUUUAAAUGGAAAACCAUCAAACAUGACAACAGUGGUAGCUGCUCCGCAUUCGGAUCCCAGGGUCCCAAGUCCUCCUAAAGCAGUUGGGGUUCCCUCUGAGCUCCACAGUGUGUCUGAAAUCAGGACAUUCUUGACUGACCUGUAGCAAGGUGCUCAUGGGGUUUGGUCUCCUCACCCACCGUCAGAGGACUUUUUAAAUCAUAGGCAUAGGGAGCGGUUACAUUACUGCCACACAGCUCUACCCGAGCUCCCAGCUGUCACCCCACAGUUACCUCCCGCCACCACCCAGCUCUCCCACAGGUCCCCACUCCCACACACAUCCCUUCCCUCCUUGGCCAGCAGGAAACAACAUAUCCGCCCAGAUUCGCACUUCCCCAGCCACCAUCCUUGAAUAACUCUUCCUCAUCACGAGGCUUCUGGAUCACAUUGACCAUUUGUACCUCUAGGACCUAACCAGGGGCUUGCUCCUACCAGCCAUGGACCAGCUUGGUCAGGUGACUCAUCUACCCUGCCAUUCCCCUAGUUUCCAUCCAUUUGCCAACCCUGGGUGUCCACCUUCUCUCCAGCCCUUGGCAGACUGACCAGCAAGAUGGGCGUUUCCAUUCAAGCUACGAAUGUUGGCAUCAUGGUGUAAAGGCCUACAAAGAAAUGUCUUUUUGCUGCUGCAAGGAAGAGAUUUUCUAGUUCUUCCUCUAAUCUUGGCAAAUGACCUCGUGAAGAGACUCAAUGCUCCUCCUUCCUCUGGAUGGGACCUUCCCAUGGCACAGAAGGGCCCAGAGAGGAGACUGUCUUACCAGUGCACUGGGCAGUGGUGCAGACCUUCAACUGCUACUGCCAAAAUCUGCUUUUCUAAAAUUCUUCCAGUAGGGACGAGAAGGAUAGAAUUGUUUUUAGCCUCAAACUGGGUCUUAGGGUCCAUUCCACUGUCCACCUGAUGGGUUUCUUGCCCUUUGCUGCCUACCUGGAUCGGCCUAGAAGACGGUUCAGAAAGGCACAAUGUGAGGCCUGCGGGAAUCCCGUUCCCCAGACCGUCAGGUUUACCAGUGUGUGCAAUUGCCAUAGAUUCAGAAGGAAAGACUUUUGUUCCCUGCAACAUAAAGAGCUGGGCCUCUGCUCUAAGCACUUGAAAAUAAUGUUUUUAUCUUAAAAGACUGAACAAUCUGAUAACUGAUAAAUUUUAACUAGGCUCCCAGUGGAGCACCAGCAUUUCUUCCUGCCCCUCAGUUUGCCUGCUGAGGUAGGCUCGAGGGGACUGUGGGUCUUGGUUUCCUCUUAGACCUAUUGGGAGGAGUAUUUCCACGCUCCUCUUGUUAAGUCCUUCUGUGAAUGUACUGCCCAGCGUCGACUGUGAAGGUGCUGAGAACCAGUGGGCUCCCAGUGGGCCUUCUGGGCCCUCAGGAUGCGAGUAGACUGCAUCCCUAGAGAUGAAACAUCCUCUCCCCGCUGCCUGCUGCUGUCGGGGUAGCCAUCCUGCCUCCACUCCCAUUUCCUAAUGUAGAGGUUCCACGGAGACAGUGUCUGCAGGAACGAUCAAGUCAGUGUUUUGAUCUAGGUUCUGAGCACAUGUGAGCAAACACGAACAUUUUUAGACUCCCCUGUCUGAGGACAGAUGGCUGAUCUGUCUCAUUAGUGUUAGAACAGUAGGAUGUGAUGUGAAAACAGGCAUCCAAGGACACUGGAGAGAAUGUGACAGGAGGUGGGUCCAACACACCUGCUGGGUGAGCAUGGGGUCUGGCCACUGUCCUUCCUCGUGUCUUCUCUCUCUGGUCUGCACCAGAGAUCACAAGCAGAAGAGAGCUGAAGACCAGCCUCUGAUGGAACUAAAUAGGAAUCCCGACCCUCUUCACCCACAGCUGUUUCACAGGAAACUUUUUAUUUAUAGGACGCAUGUCUUUUUGUGUUAAGAAACCAAAGAGAAAUAAAGAGAACACUCCUAAUA